UCAACUCUUCUUCUGCAUUCAUCGAAACAACCAAACAUGAUAGCAGGUAAAUCAAUAAUUGGAUCCUUCUCCAUUCUCUUCAUCGCCGGUACAGUAUGCAUCGGCCUUACGGGUAGAGACGCCCAAGACGUCUUCGAUGGGAGCGACAUUGCCCUGCACACCACCUCAAAAACGAGAGUUGCGAGCGCGAAGGACUAUCUCAAGGCCGCCAUCCAUGCCAUCCUUGACGAGGUGGAGUUGUUUUUGAACAAAUCGGGUUCCAUAUUCGGGGAUAAAGUCAGUAAUCCGAUUGUGAAGAUGGCGAAAGGCGACUGCGAUGAUCUGUUGCAGUUCGCAAUUGGAGAGCUCCAAGCUUCGUUUUCAAUGGUGGGGGAUGAGAGCAUGCACACGCAGGAGCAGAGGGCAGCAGAGAUCAAGAAUUGGCUGAGCGCGGUGAUUUCGUAUCACGAAUCCUGUAUCGAUCAGAUCCCUCAACUGGAGUUACAGAAGCGGAUUUCGGACGGGCUUUUGAAUGCUACCCAAUUGACGAGCAACGAACUCGGCAUUGUCAGUGGCCUCAGCAGUAUCCUUAACCUCUUCAAUUUGCAUUUGAACAUCGGAGAACUUACGCCUCCGCGGAAGCUGUCAGAUGAGCAGAAAUCAGAUGGCGGGAGAAAAUUCCCUCAUUGGGUCCCUAACACGGACAUGAAGUUGUUGGGGAGCCAGAACCACGGUCUGGUGACGCCGAAUGCGGUGGUGGCCAAGGACGGAAGCGGUCAAUUCAAAACUAUCAUGGAUGCCGUGAAUGCUUAUCCCAAAAAUUAUCAGGGGAGAUAUGUGAUUUAUGUAAAAGCAGGGGUUUAUGAUGAAACAGUAUUAAUUCCCAAGAGCAUGGUUAAUGUCUUCAUGUACGGGGUGGUCCGAAGAAGACGAUCGUCACCGGAAAAAGAUCCUUUACUGGCGGUUACACUACCUCCAAUACUGCCACAUUUGGUGACUGCACUUGGGGAUGGGUUCAUGGUGAAAUCAAUGGGGUUCAGUAACACGGCUGGAUGGAUGGGUACCAGGACACGCUCUAUGUCCAAGCCCACCGUCAAUUCUACCGGAACUGUGUCAUCUCUGGGACUGUUGAUUUCAUAUUCGGAGACUGUCCACCAUCAUCCAGAACUCUCUGAUUAUUGCGAGGAAGCCCUUGGACAACCAGAAGAAUCUUGUUACUGCUCAUGGACGUCAAUACGAGAACGAAGUCACCGGUUUGGUUAUCCAGAACUGCCGUAUAGUCCCAGACCAAGCUCUGUUCCCUGUAAGAUUCAAGAUUCCCACGUACUUGGGAAGGCCAUGGAAGAAAUUCUCCAGGACUUUGAUCAUGGAAUCUAUACCCUUGGCGACUUAAUUCAGCCAGAAGGGUGGAUGCCGUGGGCCGGGUCAUUUGCUCUCAACACUCUCUGGUAUGCUGAGUUCGCAGACCGUGGCCCUGGUGCUGCAACCAACGGAAGGGUCAAGUGGAAGGGUUACCAGGGUGUGAUAGACAGAGCUACUGCUGAGAAGUUCACAGCCGGACCAUUCCUCCAAGGAGACAUCUGGUUGGGCACCAUCGGUAUUCCUUGCUUCCUUGGCUUGAGCACAUCAUGAAGACUGGAUGUGAGGAUGUGAGGAUGGUUACAUUCAGCCUCCCCGCCUUCGCCACAAACAUAAGUGCAUGCUUGCAACUCCUGUAAAGCAUGCAAACAUUGUUUUUUCCUAAUUAUUCAAUAUAUAUUUUUUUAUCUACGGUUUUCUUGUUUAAUCAACACGCCCUGAAGAUUGCAAAUGUUAGAGAAUGAAUUUUAGGCAUUUUG